CGCGUGUCAGACGAGCCUCCACGUCGGCGUCGCGCCAUUCGGGGCACCUCUCACCCCGUGCCUCACACCCGCCGGCGCCCUGCUCACUGUACAUUCCUCGCUCACUACUUGCCUUGCCUCAAAUCUGCUAAGCUAACAUUUGUUACGUUAGUCACUUCCCAACGAUCGAGAAACGCGCGCGCGUGCUCUUUCGUAUAUUACAUGAUCACAGCGGUAUAUUGUCAUUAGCAUAUUAUCCCACUUCUGCAAUUAUUCUGUGAUCAUUACAUUUUGUUACAUACAUUUGGCAUUGUUAACUUUUGUACGCGAUACGAUGCUACCAUCGUUUAGUGACUGCAAGUGUUAACUGAACUGAUAUUGUGAUUUGUGCCCUGUUUUGAGCUAAAAAUUUUUUUUUUAAUCAAUUGAUGAUGUCAGCUUUAACCAUGACGACGACGCUUACAAAUGGACACCAUAACGGGACGUGCAAUGGGAAACUGGAAACUAGUUUAAAUGGUUACAGGAAGAAUGGAUACGUGAAACCAGAGCCAGAACCCAGUGGAUCAGAUCCAUCACUGCACCAACCAGCACCCUACAACGACGAUGCGAUGGCGAUAGCGGAGAGAGACCGGUGUUCAUACGGUCGCAUACCCAGGGCGGCGGCGAUCGCCGGCACAGCCAACCGCAAAGUGCGGGUCUACUCCGACGGCAUCUAUGACAUGUUCCAUCAGGGACAUGCGAGACAACUGCAGCAAGCAAAGACUGUAUUCCCUAAUGUCUACCUUAUUGUAGGAGUCUGCAGUGAUAGACUAACGCACAGUCGCAAAGGGCGAACAGUGAUGACAGAAGACGAAAGGUACGAAGCCGUCCGACAUUGCAGAUACGUCGAUGAGGUGGUCCGCGACGCGCCUUGGGAGUACGACGAGGAGUUUCUGGAGAAGCACAAGAUCGACUUCAUCGCGCACGACGACAUCCCCUACACGACGCAGGACUGCGAGGACACCUACGCGAUGAUCAAGGCCAAAGACAUGUUCGUCGCCACCGAGCGGACAGAAGGCGUGUCGACGUCAGACAUAGUGGCGCGGAUAGUCCGCGACUACGACAUGUACGUGCGGCGGAACCUGGCGCGCGGAUACUCCGCCAAGGAGCUCAACGUGUCCUUCCUCAACGAGAAGAAGUUCCGGCUGCAGAACAAGAUGGACGAACUCAAAGAUAAAGGCAAAAAGGUGAUGACAAACAUAGGCGAGAAGAGGGUAGAUAUCCUGACGAAAUGGGAGGAGAAGUCGCGCGAGCUGAUCGACGCGUUCCUGCUGCUGUUCGGGCCGGACGGGCGGCUCAGCAACAUCUGGAACGAGUCGAAGGGCCGCCUCAUGCAGGCGCUCAGCCAGCCGCCCUCGCCGCGCGGCUCGCCCGCGCCCAGCGAGAACGGCGACGACCACGAGCCCCUCAACAGGGGGUCCGCAUCGCCGCCGCCACCAAAGUCGCGACGCUGCGAAGCGCUGUGGGAUCAGCAAGCAGGUAACUGGAUGCAUCGAGCUCUGAGUGCCUUGGGGAAUCGGAAGAGGCCGUACAACGGCAGCUGACGGACGACGGCUCGGACAGCGAUGACGACUACCAAGACACCAGCCCCUACCUUUAGUUAAUUUAGCUUUACAUUUGUAGUCGAUAUUAUAUUAUAUAUAUGUAUAUUGGAAACAAUGGCGUAACCAUAUCGUGGGGACGGGGCCUUACAAAUGUUUGCGGGAAGGAUCACAUAAAGAGCCACAGACUGACGGCCAUGUCUAUAACAUUGAUAAUGAUGAAAACCUCAAUAUUCUUCAAAGUAAAGUGAACUUUAAGUUAGUAGUGAUUAGGUCCAUAUUACUUUGUAGAAAAUUGAGGCUUAAAUCUGAAUUAAUGUUUAUAAAUAUGGCCAUGAGAGUUUAGGCGUUGUGAGUUCAGGGUCCUUACAGUUGUCUGUGUGAAGGAUCACUUUAAGAGCCAUAGACAGAAAGAGUUUAAGCAUUCUGACUCCUAAUGUUUAUAACUUUAUAUAGAUUGCUAUUUGCAUUGUAAUAUAAAGUUGCAAACGUUGUUCAGAACGCCAGAACUGUAUCUACAGGCUCUGUGUAUUCGUUUUAAUAUUCGUGCGACGUACGUCCACUGGAGAAUUUCGCAUUUGCAUUCGAACUUAAUUGACUUAUUAUAUACUCAGAUGCAUAAUUAUCCGCCCACUUUUUAUAUGAAGUUAGUAUAUUGAAGUGGGCGGAUAAUUGUGCCUCUGAGUAUAUAUACCUAGUUUGUUAUUUAUUACAAUAAACUGUAACAAAUUAAUCGAGAACUCUGCUAUGUCUGUAAAUUUAGUUUGGUCUUUUGUAACAAAUUACAAUGUUGCCUAGCAACAAUUUCAGAAUCAUAGGUUAUUGAAAACGGUUUAGGACAGGUAUACAAGCUUUAGAGAGUUAAAUCGAAUUGUUUUCUCUGUGAAAAACACGCAACGUGUUGUUUCUGGCCAAUGGUGUGCACAAGUUUUUCAGCCAGGGUAUGUAAUCAUACAAACUGUAAUUCUUCUUUAAUAAGGACUUGUUAUGAGUGUUUAGGUCUUGCAUUUUUGCAAGUAUAAAAUGCACGCUAAAAAAGUGCUAUACUUAGUUUUUGGGUUAAUUUAGCCAAACACACAUCAUUUGAUGUGUUAUAAAUGUGAAGUAUACGGAAUUUUCUUCUAAAAAGGUGAAUAUUAGGGAAAACCUGUCUUCAUUUCGCUAUUUGAGACUCUAGAUCUAGAAGUUGCUUGUUCUAGAUUAAGUUUUCAACUAUUUCCAAAACUAUAAAUAAUAUUUUCUUAAACAUCACGAAUAAUAAAAUAAGUGUUUGAAAACAAAUUAUCACAUCUAUAAUUAUAUUAUCUACUUAGGGGAAUAUAAAAUUAAAUUAAUUAGGUAAAUGAUUAAAAACUGAGUGAUAAAGUGUCCUUUUAAUAUCAACAGUCAGUCAUAAUACGCUUCCAGCUGUUAUUAUAAUCCGGGCCAAAAUUAUAGACUGUCGGUAAGAAUAGGAAGCAUUAAGUGUUAGUAGUUAGGCCUUCAAUGUAUGGGCUGUGAACAAUGGUAUUAUAUAAAAGAUACGUUAUAUGCCUACAAAAACAUCGAAAAAAACCAUUAAAGUGGCUGCACACAUGCAUAGUUUUGCGUUUCGUAACAUUUCACAUUGCCAGUAGUCCUAACAUGUGACCCACGACAUAUCUUCUGAUGACUAAAUGAAGAAUGCACAGUCGGACCGAAUUUAUCGCUGUCUCUGUCGUCCUAUCGCAAACGAAAGAGACAGCGAUAUUUCCGGUUUGUUCGCUAUUGGUCGACAAUAUGUUUGUCUACGCGAAAUAUGUGGAUUCGUCGUCAUUUACAACCGAAAGGGAUGUGAAUUUUCAUCCUACGUCUAACAAGUUAAAUAAAUAAAUAAGUUAGCCUGCUUCCAUCUUAGAUUGCGUCAUCGCUUACCAAUAGAGAUUGUAAUCAAGGGCUAACUUGUAAAGAAUAAAAAAGGUAUGUCCUGGGUCGCAUAUUAAGCCUACUGAUGUAUAAUAAAUUGUAUACAACACUUCACUUUUGUGCGUACUAGUAACAUAUCUAUUUAUAUAAUAUCAUUGGUUGUGAAGGCAUAUAGUUACGCCACUGUAUGGAAAUGUAUCAUAGUAUUUUUAUACGAUGUACAACGUCCAUACCACAUCGAAGUACGAGACGCGUUCUCAGACGAGCAUUUCGUGAGUGCGGCGAGGUGGACGACCAUUUGACCACAGUUGCUAAUAAUUCGUUACUUAUUUAUUGUAGGCAAAAUAUAUUAAACUGGCGCCUACACAUAUUCACACUGAAGAAUACACAUAUGGUUUGUAGGUAGUUACUAUAUUUCUGGAAGAUUGUUUGGCAAGGCAUCAGAAAAUGUCGUUGUCUUGAUAGCACAAAUUACUUUGUGUAUAAACGUAUAACGUGAUCACGGUAGAAACGAAUUGUUUGAUUAUUUUGUGAUACAGAGGAGGGCGUAUGACACCGAAACCUGUUUACCAGAAAAAUCGUUACUUAGCAACGAAAUGAUAAUUUAUAAACAUGUACAAACAUGUUUAUAAGUUAUCAUUUGUUUUGCGUUCGCUCUUUUACUCAAAGCGUCUAUAUUUGUAUCUUACCACAUACCCAAACAGUCUUUCGGGAAUAGAAGAUCUAUAUAAAAUGUCACACUAGUUGUGAGAACAAAACUGUACUCAGAGGCACAAUUAUUCGCCCACUUUAAUAUAUAAUAAUAAUAAUAUGAAGAUAGGUAUAGUUUAUUUCUUAUUACAUGUCAAAUGAGAAAGACAAAACUUGUGAAUAAGCUAUCAGAAAGUUACUAGGUGGUGAAACUGGCCCUAAAAAUAAUGUAAAUUUUAACGGGGGAGCCCUUUCACAAAUAGGUCGCGUCCGAUUAGCAACUGUCGAUAAAAGGAAGUCUUACGUUGCUGUUGAUGUAUUAAGUUAUUAUUAUAAAUACGAGUAUGCCUGCUGUCUGGUUACGUGAGUGAAUGUAUUUAAUCCUAUUAGUUUUAAUACAUAUUAUUAUUAUUAUUUAUAUUCGUUUGUUUAUUGUAAAUUUUUAUCUCAUUUAAAACGGUAUGCAGGAUGCCUGCAUUUCUUUUUUUUGUUAGCACCGUGAGUGUGAAGUGCAGAAAGUAUCUCAGAAGAUUUUAUUUGUACAUUACUUUUUGACAAUGGAUUAAAGAGGUGCUUCAAAUUA